AUGAGUACCCAAACCCACACAGAAACAAUUACUCUUCAGGCUCGAGGUGCAAAUACUCGACCCCAACUGGAAUCAACUAUCCUCCAAGAAUCCGAACCAAUCCAAUCAACAAAAUGGCUCUACCCAAAAAUCUUCAGCGCCGGGGUUUCCUUCUUCGUUGCCGGCGUCAACGAUGGAAGUCUGGGCUCUCUUAUACCCUAUAUCAUCCGCUCCUACCACAUUGACACAAAUAUGGUGGCAGUACUAUACGGAGUCACAUUCUUCGGCUGGCUUUUCGCAGCUAUCUUAAACAGCUUUAUCGUCCAAUACCUUGAUCUAGGUGCGCUGUUAUCUCUAGGCGCGGCACUCCAGAUUCUGGCCCAUGUGCUCCGCACCUGGCUCCCGCCAUUCCCACUCUAUGCUGUGACAUUCCUCCUUGCAAGUCUUGGUCAGGCGUUCAAUGAUACGCAUGCCAAUACCUUUGUCUCGUCCCAACGUGGCGCGCACCGUUGGCUUGGAUUUAUCCAUGCGAUGUAUAUGGCCGGAUGUCUAGCUGGUCCGUUUGUCGCUACGGCGGUCGCUUCGGCUAAUACGGACUCUCAAUGGAAUCUUUUUUAUAUCUUUCCUUUGGGGUUGGGUGUUGCUAAUAUGGCCUUCGUUGCGAUCUCGUUUCAUGAUCGCAUGGCUUUGAGGAGGCGGCGGGAGGAGAAUUCCAUGGACGGAGUAGGAUCUACGGGGGGUAAUGCUCUACGGGAGAUCAAAGCUACUUUAAGUACACCGGGUGUUUGGUUGUUGAGUUUGUUCUUCUUCUUCUUUCUUGGCGCAGCGAUUACUGCCGGUGGAUGGAUGGUCGAGUACCUCGUCAAAGUCCGUAACGGCGAUGUCAAAGACAUGGGAUAUGUGCCUGCCGGGUAUUACGGAGGCGGAUUCCUCGGCCGAUUAAUUCUUGCAGAGCCAACCCAUCGCUUCGGAGAACGACGCAUGAUCUUCAUAUACGCCGUGCUAUGCGUUGGACUACAGCUGGUGUUCUGGCUAGUCCCAAAUAUUAUCACUGAAGCUGUGGCUGUCAGCUUGUUGGGUUUCUUCUCGGGACCAUUCUUCGCUACGGGCAUAUCAGUUGGAUCCAAAAUUUUCGCCCCGGAGAUUGUGUCACCGGCAAUCGCGUUUGUCUUUGUGCUGGGACAAAUUGGUGGAUCCAUAUUCCCUGCAAUUACGGGUAUUAUCGCGGCUCAGAUCGGCGUCAAAGUGCUGCAGCCGAUAUUAGUCGGGUUGCUUGGUGCUGCGGGCGUGAGCUGGUUGCUGCUCCCCAAGGAUGCAGGGCUCCAUCGGGAUUAG